AUGAUACCGAGAAAAGAUCAUAUACUUGUAUUCAAGAAAUGGCUGAAUAUCACGAAAGAACCUAUAGAGGAGCUAACGCAGACUGCGAUUGGAGAGUUGAAAAUUAAGGUAAUUAAGAAAAACAAAGAAAGCAAACCAAGAAAAAAGAGGGAUUUAGAAAAACUGAAAACAGACAUCACUCGCCAAAAAUAUAUUCAAAUGAUAGACGACAAGCUCGAAGAAAGGAAAACAAAUGAAAAUAAAAAAACUUGGGAAACUCUGAAGGAAACCAUCUUGACAUCGGCUGAAGAAACGAUUCGACGAAAAGAAACGAAGGCGAGAAGAGAGUGGUUUGAUGAUGAAUGUGAAGAUAAAAUUAAACAGAAAAAUGAGGCCUGGCUAAAAUGA